AUGUUCUCCAAUCAAUCGACGAGGCAAUUGCUUGCCUCUUCUCCACUUGCUUUUAAACCCCACGUUCCUCAAUAUCGAUAUUCGGACCAGGUUGAAGAUAUCGUCGAUACUGAGGAGUGUACCCAUGAGGAUGAGGUUGAAGAGCAGAUAUCAUACAGUGGGAACUCAAUGGCAUCUGAUUCAGUUACACCAGCCCUUGAAGGAUUUCCAGAUGUUGAGAAGUUUGAUCAGCUCAUGAAGAGUUAUACUUUAAGUUCAGUAAAGACCUUAAUAACCUCGAACGAUGCUGAACGGAUAAGAAUGGUACUUCUUAACCCCGAAGACACAUCCAUAAAAUCAGCAAAUUUUCGGCGCUGGGUGAAAAAAUCGUUCACGCUCAGCAAUAACCAGAUACCCAAGAACAAAACAUUGAUCUACCGCAAAGAAACUCUAAAACUCAUUGUAAUCAAAGAGAAGCUGUUUGAAAUUCUGACAGAAGCACAUCAGCAAUGCCAACACGGAAGCCAGAGAAAGACUUUAGCACAAGCUAGAAUGACAUAUUCCAAAAUCCCUGAGAUGCUAGUUCAACAAUACAUAAAAAUAUGCCCAACGUGCAGUCCAGUACUAUCUGAACCACCAGUACCGGCUUUGGAAGGAUUCCCAAAUGUCAUUGAGUUUGACAAGCGCAUGGCAAGUUAUAUCAAACAUUUGCCUGAUGAAUUUAGGGAUAAAGCUACAAUAUCCUGGAGCAUGGCUGGGAAGAUUGGAAAGACGCUUCUUGGUGACACUACAGAACCAGUUGAGUUUCAGGUUCCCGAGGAACUAAUUCGUGAAUUCAUUCAUAUAUGCCCAACAUGCAGGCUGAAAUUCACUGAACGAUCAUUCGUGUGUGGGACAUCUACCAUCGCGACUUCCCUAACUGGCUUCAAUGUCACAAGUCAACAGACCCUCUGGCAACGAAGUUCCAGGCAGGGUCCUACCACUGCGAACGCAUCAAUUCUUCUACGGGUGAGCCUUGCAACUCCAUCCUUUCCAAUCCUCACUCUCUUAGAAGGCAUGAAGAUGAAAUCCACAACCCUUGCAAGCAAAAGAUGCGGUACAAAGGAAAAGACCUUUUUUCGCAAUGAUAGCUUUGCAAAGCAUAUGCGGCUUUUCCACCCCGAAGUUGAUUGGCCAGACAAGCGGAAAUGCAAGUCAACAUAUUCUUGA